AUGGGCAGGUCUUCGUAUCUGGCGCCAGGCUCGCCACAGAUCCAUCUGGUGACCCAGAUUGGCAUCGGAUCUGCAGCGUUGAUCGGCGUGCUCCCGUACCCCAUUGGACCCGGCGCGCCCCGUGCGAUCAUCAUUGGUCUGCGCGCGCACGUGUCGUUAAAAAAACGAGCGUCGGGCCCGCCCCCAGGAGCGCGCGAGACCCCGCCCCUGGCAACUCGCGAUUGGCUGCCGGCGGCGACGCGGCCGGCCGUCGCGGUGUGUCCGCCGUGUGUGUCACCGCCGCAGUCGAGUUGGCCCGUGCAGUGGCAGAAUCUGUGUCCGCGCGCGUGCCCGCCGUCCACGUGCAGCCGAGGAAACGCCGCCAGCCGACCACGACCACGCCGACCUUCGCGCGCCUGCUUGCCACGACCACGUGCGCUCAUCCACCGGGGCGACGCUUCUCCGCUUCCGCAUCUUCUCAGUGUGGGUGUUGUCGCAAAAACAGUCAAAAUUCGGGUCAAAAAUAGAGAACCUGUUCCUGUCUACCAGAUGGAGGACCCUCACGAUAGUGACAUGGAAGGCAGCAUGUCAAACAACGACGAGGACGCGAGCGACCCGGAAGAGGAGGGCCCCCUGGGCUCGGCCGACCCGGGGGGAGCCAUGCUGCACCUGAACAACGGCGCGGGCGGCGGGGGCGGCGUUACAUAA